GCUGUUCAGUUUCUUUUCAAAAGUACGCAUGUGCAGAGCCGCUGUCCUCUUAGAAUAACUAGACUUACGUCAAAGACUAUCGCACGAAGAUUUGUCUAAGAAUCGAUUGCCAUUAUUAAACAUACGGAUGCUGUAAAACUACCUAAAUUGUUGUUUAGAAUGGACAAGAAAUAAUGUAGAAAUUAAGCUGUAAAUUGGAAAUUUAAAAAGUAAAAAUGGUGAAAACAUCUCAUCAUAUCCACGAAAAGCACCAAGACAUACACACUAUAAAUGCAUACGGAAUCACAGCCAUAUGCCUUGGAGUGAUAGGAUGUCUUUUAUUUCUUUCUGUGGUCACCUACAAGUGUUAUCGAAGACGCCGAAGUCGUCUAGCACAAAGUCGCCUUUCAACUGCCAUUAAAAAGGGUCUUAAAGAGAGUUCCGGUGUUAAAAAGAACAUCCCACCACUUGGAACGCCAAUUAAACACAAAGCAACAAGUCCAUUAGGUCAUACUAGACAGGAUACAUCUCCGGGGGAAAGAAAAUUAUCACCAACCUAUUCAACUCAUUCUGAAAAAGAUCCCGGAAGCAAGCAGAGAUCGCCAGACCAAGCUUAUAUUGAAAAUGAGAAAGAUAAUAAGCCAGAAAUGAUCCACGAAAAAGAAGAGAGUAUGCGUGAAAAGCAGCCAGACGAAAAACAGAGAUCUUUAGGAAACAUGGCAUUUUCCAUUGCAUAUGAUUUACAAAAGAUGGCGCUGUUGGUGACGGUAGUCAACGUCAAGGACCUGCCAACACGUGACCCUAGUUUAGGUGGAUGUGACCCUUACAUAAAACUACAGCUUCUACCAGAAAAGCGACACAAAUGUAAAACAAGAGUCUUGAGAAAGACAUUGAACCCCCAAUAUGACGAGACAUUCACAUUUUACGGAAUCAAUCCCAAUCAGAUUGCUGAUAUCACCCUUCACUUUGUAGUGCUGAGUUUUGACAGAUUCUCGCGAGAUGAUAUUAUCGGUGAAGUUAUACAUCCAUUGAACGAAUUUGAUAUCUCUAAGAAUGAAAUGAAUCUCUGCAAAGAAAUUUGUCCACGUCACUUGACGUUGAAAACUCAGGGGAGAGGAGAAAUACUGGUGUCGUUAUGUUAUCAGCCAGCGGCUAAUAGACUGACAGUAGUAGUGCUGAAAGCAAGAAAUUUACCAAAAAUGGACAUAACAGGAUUGUCAGAUCCUUAUAUAAAAGUAUACUUACUUUACAAUAACCAAAGAAUUGCUAAAAAGAAGACACAUGUCAAGAAGAGAACACUGAACCCUGUGUAUAAUGAAUCGUUUUUGUUUGACGUCCCUUACAAUGAAGGAUUGGCAAAUAUUAGUCUAGAGUUCCUUGUCUUAGAUUGGGAUAGGAUGACCAAAAAUGAAGUCGUUGGACGUCUGGAGAUAGGGUCCAAAGCCAGUUCACAAGAAAUCCAUCAUUGGAACGAAGUAAUGAAUUGUCCAAGAAAACAGAUUGCUGAAUGGCACAAGUUAACGGAAUGAUUGUAUGUAAUUGGUUGACAGAAUGUGUUUGGAAAAUGUUUAUUAAUGUUGUUAAUGAUAAUUACAAAGAUAUAUUUUACUAAGAAAGGAACAGUUCAAUCUAUAUUUGUAAUAUAAUGCAAAAUAUAAAAUGUACAUUUCAGAAUAUAACACACGAUACAUUAAAUUAAAAGUAAAUUUUGGUUUUAAAAUGAAAGCUCACAAUAUCCUCACGGUUUUCAUGAAACGAAUGAAAUUGUGACAACCAGAUUUGAAAACGUCAUUUAUUUGAAAUGAACAAAAAUAUUUAGCACUAUAUUACAACAUGGUUAUUGCAUUGAUUUAUCAAUAAUGCUAAAGACACUUGUCUGUCAUAGAAUGAAAUGCGAAAUAAUGAUAUAAAUAUGUUCUGUUGUUUUUGGUGAGUAAUUAUGUGCUGAAUACAAAAUACAAUAACAUUGUCGUACAACAAACGCGGGAAUCAGUUUCAAUGAUGUUAAUUAGAUUCAGUUUAUACAAUAUUAAUUUCAUUUAGAACAAAGUUAUAUAAAUUAGAAAAGAGCACGUUCACAGUUUUAAUCACGCUCACAUACUGAUCAUUUUUGCUUUAAUAAAGAUAAGGAGUGAUAUCGUCCAGCUGCUGACUCUUAGUCCAAGAAUUAAUUUGAUUAAAUUUUUCUAAGUGUUGGUUGCUUUUUUGUUCAAGGAAAAACAUCAUUUACUCCUGUAAAGCUGUAAUUCAAAAGGUUUUCUGUUUGAUUUACUAGUAUUUACAAAAAGGUGAAAUGUUAUUCACCGUUACGCGAACUUAUUCUUGAUAAAACUAUUCGAAGCUUUUCCUUGAAUAAUUUACUUUCAUUUACUCUAGGGACAAAUUAUCUCAGUUAUAUAUAUUUAGAAAUUUAUCUGCCCCGAUUAGUUUAUGUAAAAAAGUUCAAGGUGAUAACAAAUAUUAAAAAUAAAAUAAAUAAAUAGCAGUCAUCGGUAGGAAACAAAUAAUUGAUCACAGCUGAAUAGGAAAUUGCUAUAUAUUGCCUUGCUUGAAACGGCUAUUAAUAAUUGUAUUAUUAUGGACAUAUAAAGUCAUGGUUAAUUCUAUUUGACAAGUAUGAAUAUUGUUUUCUCUUUUCUCUAUAAUCUGUUUAAUUACUUUUACACUCGUUAAAAAUGUGAUGCAGAAGAAAGAAUUUAAAAUUGCAAUAACAAAAUAAGCCUGUUAUAGUUUUGAUCAAUCAGACGAGGAUGCUGAGUCAUAAGUUUUCAUUGAACUUUAAACUUCUAAAUUCCAAAGUCGUAGAUUUUUCUUUAAGUGGUUCAUUUUAAUUACAUAAUCAAUGAAAACAAUAUAUAAAUGAUACGUCAUUAUCUGAGAAGAAUGGGAAUAAUCAGAAUGAAUGUUAAAAUAAAAUUGAUGUUUUGUAUAGAAAUGCAGUGUGAAAACAUUCUGGUGAAUUUGUAAUGUGUAUUGUUCCAUGCUUGUAUAAAGUUUCAAAAUAUAUUCUUCACUUCCGUUAUUUUAUUACGAGUAUGUAUUUUUUCAUACUUUGUAACAUCACAGUAAUAUACUGAUAAUUAUUUUAUUUACAAAUUAAAGUCAGAUGGAAUAUA